CUCCUCCACCUACUGCAACUGUUCCCAUAAACCUGGUGACAGAGUCAGAAAACUCCCCAGCUAAACAUCCAUAGACUUCAUAUGACCCAAUACUCUAUACUGUGAUGAUCACAUCAGCCAAGGCUACCUAAAAGAAGACAGUUAUCUCAUAUUUGGCUGCCAGCUUUUUCUUUCUCUUGACCACUUAAAACUUCAGACUUCCUCUCCUGUUGGUAUCAUGGAGAAAGUCCAAUACCUCACUCGCUCAGCUAUAAGAAGAGCCUCAACCAUUGAAAUGCCUCAACAAGCACGUCAAAAUCUACAGAACCUAUUCAUCAAUUUCUGUCUCAUCUUAAUAUGUCUCUUGCUGAUCUGUAUCAUCGUGAUGCUUCUCUGAAGUUCUGCUACAACUCUAGAGCUGCAACAUACCACAUCAGUUAAAAUCUGUCAUCCCAUACAGACAGAAAACAAUACUGUGUAACAUACCACUUCCUGAGUAGAAGAGUUUCUUUGUGAAAAGGUCAAGAUUAAGACUAAAAGUCAUUGUUAGCACAUGUAUUCAUCUGCUGGAUCUUGUAAACAUGAAAAGAGCUUUAUUUUCAAAAAAUAACCUUAAAUUUAGUGUAUAAAAUGUAACUGUUGAUUUCCUCAACGUGGCUCACAAAUUUUUAUUCCAAAUCUUUUCUGAAGAUGAAUUAAGAGUUUAGUUCUGAAACUGCACUCCCAACAAGUUCACUUCAUAUGUAAAGCAUUAUUUUUACUCUUUUGAGGUAAAUAUAAUUUAUAUUACACUGUAAAAGCUUAUUUAGUAUUAAGUAUUUUUCAGGUCUUCACCAAGUAUCAAAGUAAUAAUACAAAUGAAGUGUCAUUAUUCAAAAUAGUCCACUGAUUCCUCAUAUCUGUUAUCUUAUUAUAAAGAACUCUUUGUAGUAACUACCAGUAUCAAUAUUCUAAAACAGAAAUUGUACUUUUUCUAUGCCACAUUAACAUUUUUUAAAGUUGAUGAGAAUCAAGUAUGGAAAAGUAAGGCCAUACACUAACAUAAUAAAAUUUCUCUUAAGUGAUUUUUUUCAAAGAAUUACAGAAUUCUAGUCCAUGUAGGUAAACCAUAAAUCUGUUCUAAGAUAUUAUGAACAACAGAUGAGAAUUGGUGGUUAAUAUCUGACAGUGUGAUUCAUCAUAAUCACUAAUGUACUAACAGAAUAGAAUCUAAUCUUCCUUUAAGGCACUGUAGUGAAUUAUCUGAGUUGGAGUUACCUAACUUGCCAUAUCUAUGGAAUCAUGAAACUGUAAGACUUCAGAAUGAUUUUACAGUUUGUCUUCUAUUCAAACCUAAUAUCCAAUGCAGACAAAGAAAAUAAUAAAAGAUUUCCAGUGACAGAAAAAGGUUAUCUCAAGUAUUUAAAAAAAUAAAAAUAUGAAUUUUCUCUCCAAAUAUUAACUAAUUUUUAGAUUACAUUUUGAAAUGAACUUGUUGGCCCAUCUAUUAUAUCUACAGCUGACCCCUGAACAUGGGGGUUGGGGAGUUGACAAUCCGUGGGUCCCCAAAAAUCUUAACUACUAAUAGUCUACUAUUGACCAUAAACCUUACUAAUAACACAAACAGUAAAUUAACACAUAUUUUGCAUGUAUAUGUACUAUAUACUCUAUUCCUACAAUAAAGUAAGCUAGAGAAAAAAAUCUUAUUUAGAAAAUCAUAAGAAAGAGAAAAUAUAUUUACUAUUCAUUAAAUGGAAGUGGGUCAACAUAAAAGUCUUCAUUCUCAUUGUCUUCACAUUGAAUAGGCAGAGGAACAAGAGAAGGAGAAAGAUGGGAAGGAAGAGAAGGGAUUGGUCUUUCAGUCUUGUCUUUGGGGUGUGGGGAGUGGGGGAAAAGAAAAUUCAUGUAUAAGUGGACCCUCUCAAUUCAAGUCCUUGUCGUUCUAGCAUCAACUGUAAUAGGAUAUAACUAUUUUCCUUAAUCUAUCAACCAAAUGGUAAACAUCUAUUUUGUAGGCCACUCUACUGAGCUAAAUUAUAGCUCCAACAAUGCUAUCUAUAACUAUUUUCUUGAUGAAUAAAGUUUCAAUUUCUCCUCUGAUUAUUUCAGAACAUCUUCCAAUAACUCACAAAACAACUGAAGUAAAAUUUAGUGCUGGCAAAUAUAUUCACCAAACUUUGGCAAUUUCAGUUGACUAAAGUUUGAAGUUAUGUCUAAACUGUAUAAUCCAACGAUUUUAAUUCUAAUUGAAGACAUGUUACUAAUAUAACUAUUAUUAAAAGGCAGAGGAUAUAUAAUUAACCAUAUCCUCUAAAACAUGGUUACUAAAAGAAUAUGAAGCAUCGAUAUUGAUCAUGGUUUCUUAUACAAGUGCUGUUAACUAAAUAGUGAAGGAGACAUUAUUAAAUUUUCUGAAACCAUGAGAGGUACUAGUGAUGGGAGUGUAAAGAGUUUGGUUCAGGGAUACCUAAAUAACAGAUGGGCAGAGUUUUCUUAAGUGAAGCCUCUUCUACAAGUUGGAAAUCCCUAAUAACAAGCAGAAAGCUUAUAAACAACAGGUAAUACACUCACAUUUACUGGUUUUAGUAAAUUACCACUAAAAAAAGUAUCCAAGUUCUGUAAUAAGCUGCACUGGUCUUAAAUACAAGUGGAUAAUUUGAACUGAUUAGUCACAGUCUUUUCAUUACAUUGUUCAUUACAAUAUUUUCCUCAGUAAACAGAAAUAA